AAAUGGCGGCCGUCUGUAGCAGUUUAGCAAUUUUCUCUCUAUUCUGGUCUUUUUCUCUGGCGGUGAAGGAUGUUUUCCAUGAAGAAUUGCUACUGAGACCGUUGAAAACUGGCCACGUAUAUGCACACUUUCAAUUCACUACAGUUUGGGAUGUGGAUAUCAGGGACACAAAAUCCUGUAAGUGUCACAACUUUCUAUCGGCUAAAAUAACUCACAGCUGUAGUUGAUAAAUGAUUUCCUUUAGCAGAAAGGCGAAAUGAUUUGUUUUUAUCGCGGUAUUGAAAAAAAAACAUUUAUUUCCUUUUGGCCGAAUGGUUUUCUCGUCUAGAUAAAAGAGAAACCAUUUGAUCAUUGAUCAACAUUUCAUUUAGUGUGUGUUUUGGUAGUUUGGUCAAUAAGGAUGCUUCAUAUCCCAGCUUCACGCAUGAGCUAAAUGUGACAAGUGAUCCAGAUUUGGUAACUGGAGCCUAAAUAAAUCUGAAAAACAAUUUUUAUUAGUAGGUUUUAUUUGUGAUAGUCAUUCAUGAUAUCACCUUUCUUUGUCACUGUUAUCAUUUUGUUCAUCUUAGUCUCCCACUACAAGCUGUUUCCAAAAUCCUUUGGACAGAUUGUUAAUCAGUAUUCAGUAGAAGAACUUCACCUGAGUCUAACACAGGGACAGUGGCAGCAUGAACAGUGGGGGUACCCUGUGACAUCAGCCCCUCCUGGGGCAGAGUUAUGGGUGUGGUUCCAGGAUAGAGUGAAGGACAGGUACUUAUAUAGGAGCUUUUUAGAACAGCGUGCUUUGAAACAAGAAAUGGCUUAUCAGGAGCAAAUUAGAUAUGAAACUUCUUUAUUGUUGGAAAAUUUAAGUGAACAAAGUUGGGAAUGGUUCUAGGUUUACUUUUGAUUAGAUGAUCACUGGCAAACUAAAAGUAAGAUCAAUGUAUAUGUUUUUCAAUAUGUUAAAAAUUCUACACAUAGUCAAUGCCCCUAAAAGAGAUUAAAGAUCAUGAAGCUUAUUCUGAAUUACACUUACAUGGACAAUGUAAUGAAUAAUGUGUACUUGUGUAUUUUCUGAGAAUACAUAUACACAAAAAAACUUUGUCGUGAUUAUUAGGAGUGAUCAAUAUUGUGAAAAUGUAGUAAAAAACCUUGGUUUUUUUUUUCUGCUCUUGUUUGCAGUGUGGAUGAGAACUGGUCAGGACUUACUCAGGCAUUGUCAGGCCAAUUUUGCGCUUCCCUGAAUUUCAUAGACAGUAAGACAACCACAAGCCCCAAACUUUCCUUUACAAGGGAAGGUGUUACCUCUACUGCUGGUACAAACUCUUCAUUGUUGAGACAUGCAGCUUUGCCCAGAGAGUUGGUUUGUACUGAGAACCUCACUCCAUGGAAGAAACUGUUGCCAUGUGACUCAAAGGUAUUAUCUUGUGAUGUGAUUUUUGUUCCUUGUGAAUUUUUUUAAUGCCUUGUAAGUUAUAUAUGUAUAUAUACACCCGUUUUGAAAAAUGUUGCAACAUUGAAAAUAUACAUUUAUGUGCAAUGUAUAUAUCUUUUGUUUUCUUGUCAAAAAGAGUCUCUUUUUGAUGAGAAAAGAUGGUGACAACUAUUUUGUGAUGAAAAUAGUUCAAAGUAUUUUCCUGCACUUGUUAUUCAGUGUUAAUUGUCUUAAAAGUCACUGUGGGGAUAAAACAUGCUUCUUUUACUUAGAGUUUUAAGUGUUUAGUAUUGCCCAUGUAAAACAACCAUUUGUUCCCAAUUUCUUACCUAUGGUUUUGUCCUUCCCUUUCUAUGCACUACUUUAGAAUAAAAUAGAAAAAUUCUUGAUAACACUGCUUUUGUAUUUUUUUUCAGGCUGGUCUAACUACAUUAUUUAACUCGUUGCUGCUGUAUAGAGUUAAUUAUCAUUCUCUAGCAGUUCAUUUGAGACCAAUCUGCCAGGUAGAUUGAACUAUUAAUCAUUACUUCUAUACUGGUAAGAUUGAAUUUUUUGACUGCCAGAAUGUGUACUGGUAAUACCCCAUUGACAAACCAGUUAACCACUUAUUGAUGGAGGUCUAUUCCAAGGCCUAUUUAAGGUGAAUUGUGACUUUAGAUGUUGUGCAGCUGUACUUUAAAACUGCAGCAAAAAGUCAUUUUCAAUUGGGAACAUUUACCUCCAGUGGCACCUAAAUUUAGUUUCUUCAGUUUCAUAACAGUAACAUUGGAAUUAUGAAACAUAGCACUUGCUGUAGGUUAGACAGGCCUUAUUUUUAUAACCAAUGUCAAGACCAUGUUUUCUUUUAAUGUGGCAAAUCGGCAAGAUGCGUGCAAAAUUGAAGAUCUUGAUCUGAAGGUGACUGAUUAGCAAGCCAUUAAUGUGUUGUUUUAAUACCCAUUGAGGAAUGCUCAGCUCAGUCUGUUGCUUUUUACUUCAUACAACAAGCGGUAUGUGCUGGGUAUCUAUAUACAAGUUUGUUUUUAUGAAAGGAAUUUUUGACACCUUUUCAUUCUCAGAAGUGACCAAGACAUACUUACAAUGACAAGAAGACACUUGAUGAUUGUAAAGAACAAUAUCAAUUAAAGGAUUACCAUUUGAUCCAGUGAUAAAUUCUCAGAACUAAAAAUAUAAGCAAUAUUUGACAGACAGCAUAGAGAAUUACUAAAGAGAUCUUGAAAGUGAAAGGGUUGAAUAAUUGUGAUGUAAAAAAACAUGCAUGCUGUUAGUAUACUCAUGGUGUGUUUAGUUAAUCUAGGAUUGUAUGAUUUAUUUAUCACAAUUUUAAGGAUACAAGCUGUUCACAAUACUCUGUGGAAUUAGUACAGUCAGUUUCCAUGGUGUUGGACCCACUGUUAAGAGGGGGAUCCAAAUAUGGUAAGUUAUAUAAACUUCUGUACAGCCACGCACACAAAAUGAGAAUGGGUUUCACACAACACAUUUUGUUCCUAGAAAGAGUUUUUAAAGAAUGGGAAGAUUAGCACAUGAGUGAGCAAGUUCUUACAACCAGUUCCUCCAAAAGGGCCCAUGAACAGUUCAUGCAGAGGGAAAACCAACAAGUGUUGAGACUAGAUUUUGGGUUUUUCAGAUGAAAGUUUUAAAUGAUACUUUGGGACAGUCAUGCUUUUAAAAGUUACUGUUAAGAGAAAUUUGGAAAAGUGGAAAUGGAAAGAUAUGUUGAAUAAGAAAGUGAAAACACUUUUUCCUGUCCAAAAACUAAACCAUAAAAACCUUUUAACAGUGACCUCAAAAGAUGGGAAAAGAGGCCACUGGACAGGAGUUGAACAUCUCAACAUUUCCAAGCUAUUAUUAUGUAUGGUUUAGAUUAUUAAUAAAUAACACAUAAUUAUAUGCAUUUAUUUUGUUUUUAGAUUGGUCCUUCAAGAAGUUAUUUGGUCGUUCCAUCAAGUCUGCAUGUCCUCUGGCUACUACCAGUCGCAUUUAUGUUGAUAUAAGCAGUAACAAGGUUAGGUGUGAGAUGCUGGUAAUUUGUUUAUCAAAAGUAGGUCUUGAAGUCAUACAACAGUUCUCCCAAUAAUGUACAUUGUGGAGUCAAACUUGAUGAGUGGCAUGAGAUAAACUAAAUGUGAAUCAACCAAUUAAUGGUUAAACCCAAGGGAAGAAAUGAUCUUGGCCGUUGAGCUGCAAUUUAUGCAUUUACUGGAAAGAAGCCUUAAAAGACAAAACAAAAACAAGCAAAAAUUCAGGCUUUAACCGUUAAACUCCAAGAAGUGAUUAACAUGUAACUUCUCCCUAAAAUAUCCAUACAUUAUCCAACAAACAGUUGAAAAGAAUACACAAAUUAAUCAGGCAGAAGAUUUUAUCUUACUUCAACACCAAAUUCUCAUAACUAAUUAACAAGGUAACUUGUAGUAGCAAGAGGGGAGAAAUAACAAUUAGAUCUUGGGAGUUAAAGGGUUAAUAGGAUUCCAAUCCAUGCCACCCAGUUACUAGUUGGGCAAUAGUGCCCACUGAGCUACAAAGCCACAUGUUGGGAGUAAGGCAAAUCAAAUUUGACCAUUGAGUGACUUGUGGGAUUUUUCUGCCACAAAAUGACUGUAAUAAUUUAUUGUGACCAUUUUACUGUUUUUUUACCACCCAACAGAGUGAUACCCAGUUCACAUUGUCUCCAGCUUUCUCUACAGUAACAAAACAAGUGACAGGACAGCAUCAACAAUACUUUGCCAUGUAUGACAUGAAACAAAUGAGUAAGUUCAGAACAUUAUCACCAGUACUGCCUUGGUAAUCACUUGAAAUUUUAAUCUUGAUGGACAAAAUAAAUUUACAAUGUUGCUAAGUACUUAUUGGCUUUUUCUUACACAAAGCUCUUCCCACAAAAUAUCAAAAACAAAAAGUAUAAUGUAAAGCCAGGAAGAAUAAUUCCUCAACAUUACUCACUUGUUAAGGGAAAGAUAAUUCUCCAUUAGAAGAGAUCUAAAGUUUGAGGACUUGUUCAAACAAUUACUACAGAAAUUCGAACAAUGAUAUUUUUUUAGCUGAAUUAGGGACAAACUAAACUAUAUUCAAUCAGAAGAAAAAAUGAAUUGGUUUUACCUCACAUCUUCAUUGUGAUGCAAAUGAAAUUUGUUGAAUGUACCAUAGUCUAGCAAUUGUCUUGGUAGGUUAAACAACAAAAAAGUGUUUGUAACUGAUUACACUGUAUGUUAGUACACUUUUCAUGACAUUUAUGGUGUAUAACAAUCUGACCUUUGGAAAUUCUGCCAGUAAUUUUUAAUCAAUGUUUAUAUAUUUACAUUUGUUUUAAGACCAAACCAAACUAUUGAAGUCCUGUGCCAACAAUAAUAGUUGUAGAUUCUAGUUUUAAAUCAUCUGUUUUUUUAAAAAAAAAUCAGAGUAUUAAAAAAGGGUUAUGUCUUUUGAAUCUUCAAACUGUGAGUGAUAAACAAUUUUGAUGUAUAUCUUGAUUUAGUCAAUACCAGUGUUUCUGACUCAGCUCUUAAUGUGAUGUUCAAGUGGAAGAGGAGAGUUGCUAAAGGUCAGUGGAACAUUGGCAAAAAUUUGCAUGCAAAUCACACAUGAAUCACACAUAAAGCCUCCCUGAAUUACUUCCUUGUUAGUAAUUCUCCUUACUGUCUGCCAUACCAUUCUUAUGGUGUUUGGUUUUGAGAAUUUGGUUUUGGAUCAACUUAUAAUCCUGUAAUUGAUAUUUUUCUUUAUUCUCAACACUUGUCUGCUUGAUAUUGUAUUGAUAUUGCAAGGAGAAAUUUUGUCUUGAUCACUCAUGGGAGUUAAAGGGUCGAGGGGCUAACUGUUUUAGUUGUUAAUACUGCUUCCAUCUGUCCCAAUAAUUAUUUGAUUGUACCUUUUUCAACAGGUGUACCUCCACAGCUUUAUGCUCAAAGAUUUGUAACAGGUCAGUAGUGCAUUGACAUAGCUUAACUUAGUCAUUACCUUGUAAAUGUUAAUGCAACUAUCAUUAUUUUUUGUCUUUUAAUUGUGAAACUCAGAGGACCAUGUUAUAAAGUAAAUAUUGCUAGAAUGUUAUUGUGUAAGGAGGAUAAAUCCUGCAAAAUGACAUAUAACAUACUUCUUACUAUCCAAGCUCAAGGUCCUUACGGUAAGUUGCAGAACAAGUUUUUUCCACAAAGAUAUAUGACCCAAGAGUGAGGUGGGUGGGCCAUACAUCCAAGUGGAAAAAGGAGGUUCUGUAACUUACAGUAUGGACAGAGAAAAUGAGGUUAGUGAGAUAUUUGGUAUAUUUUUGGGUUCAAAUAGAGUAAGAAAGAUUUCAAUUCAAACAAACUUUUGAAUUUAGCUGGCUGUGCAAUAACAAUUAUACCCUGCUAAAUUGAGCAAUCAUUGCAUGCAUAGUGUCUGAAAAAUGUAACAAUAAAUGUUAAUCUGUAUCAGUAAAUAUUUUAUGGAUUGGUGGACUUCCCAAAUGUCUAGAUGUGCAGUGUGAUUGGUCAUGAUACAUUAAACAUUCCUGAAAUAUUCCAGGUGUCCAUGGUUUAUUAAGUUUGAAAGUGGCUUCUCUCUUUUUAUUAUCAGGAUUUUAAGCUCUCGUUUCUAAUACAAUUUUGCUCUUCUUUUUAAGGGUAUGGUGAAGAAAAAGGUGGUAUUAUAUCCAUGUUGCACAAUUGUCACCCCACAGAUCCCCUGCCAGUUGUUUACUUUGCUACCUUCCCGUGGUACCUCAGGAUCUUUCUUCACACCUUAACCAUCAAAAGUGCUGGCAAGGAAAUCAAGCCUGGUAAAGAUGCUUCCUACUCCCAAUGUUCUAUUAUAAUUGGUGGAUCUUUUGAUUGGCUGAUACACUGGCUUUUUAAUCCUUUGGUUGAAUGACAAAUUGACUUGAUGACGAAGUUUUUGUCUCGGUUACUUCCUGAUUUACCUUUCAUUUUACCUGUAUGGUAUUUGACACUAUUUUUAGCUUCCAAGCAGGCCUUCAUUAUUUGCGCUGCAAGGCGCGCGUUUUUCCGCUCGCGGGAAGACUUGAUGCGAGUCGGAGAGAGGUUUUUAGGGGUGUGGCACCAAUAAUUAUCACUGUUGGACCUGAAGCAGACGUCACUGUUGGACCUGAAGCAGACAUCACGCCGGGAAAGAGAGGGUACGGUUAUUUUUGUUAACCUACGUGUUAGCCGACCUGAAGCGGACGUCCCCGGCUAAUUCUUGUUUCUUCAUGGGGACCCUCUCCCUUCCGUUUCUUCAUGGGGGAGGAGGGGGGGGGGGAGAGUACGGUUACACGUAGGCUAAUUCUUGCAUAUCAAAUUGCUAAAGUUGUGAACAUGACUUCAAACUGAAACCAAAAUUAUGGUUGGUCUUUAUGUAGAUAUCAUCCACGUGACUCCAGCAAAGGAUCGUUUGCGGCCUUAUACUGUGGAAAUGCUGCUGACUUUACCUGCAAACUCUGUUACAGAACUGAGCGUACAGUUCCAUAAAGGAUUCCUGAAAUGGACAGAACAUCCUCCAGAUGCCCAUCAUGGGUUCUACAUCAGGUAAUGUUCACUAUGCAUCUGUUGCCUAGGAAAAGUGUAUCCUUAUUUAGGACUGUUCGAGGUCCAGUCCCUAAAAGUGAAAAGAAUUAUGUGGAAGAUUUGUCAGGAACGUCGGACAAAGACGUAAAUAUUUGAACUGUUGUCAGUUUCGAUUUUCUGUUAAUACGCUGUAAUCUACCAGCUGAGCUAUCGAGAAAUCGUUUUUAAGUUCGACUGUAUGUGAAGUUCCUAUGUAGGCAGCGUCCUACUCAAACUUAUUGGACGAACGUCGGUCAUGCGCGAGGGGAUCAGUUCUUGCCGGCCGCGCCAAUUUCGCGCGAAAAUAUUAAAAAAAACGUAAGAAACAGCCCCUGUCUCGCAAAAUAAACUGAAAAAAUCGAAACUUUCAUAGAAAUCUGUAAAAGGAAACAAAAGUUGAGAAAAGGAAAACUCGAGACUGCGAAAACAAGGCUAUUUAAGCACAGGUAUCCUGUUACUUUAUCAUUCUGUUCUGAGCUUUACCGAAAAAGCUAUAUGAUUUUGAAACACCUUGACUUACUUACUUGGGUGGUUGUUUGAAACUCGUGUGAAACAAAUUGGUUGUGAAAGCGCACCACUUAGUUAUUCAUUGAAACGUUCGCACAUGCGUAGACGUUUGACCGCUCUGUAGUCCUGCUCACUGCUAGGAUCACCAAAAUCGAAAUCGCCAUUAAUGUUUACACAUAGAUUGAGUUUGCUGGUACAUUUAAACUGACAACAUACACAAAUAAGAUGUGCACUUCUAUUCUUUUGUGGUUUUUAAGAGUCAUGAAAGAAGUUUUGCACAAGCACGUGCGAUUUUCUGAUGAACCAGCAAUAGUGUGAAAUUCCCCAGAUAAUGGUGGCCUCGAAUACAAAAUCACCCUGUUGUCGACUUUCUUGAGGGUUUUUGAUAUACCAAACGCCCCUCACUUAUUUUGCGUUUGUUUUGUUUCAGUUCUGCUGUGAUCUCAACAAAACUUCAAGGCCCAAAAAAUUACACUGGUCCAGCACGCCACACCUCUCUCCUGUUUGAAAGGUAACCUAAAAUCAUUCUCUCGUGAACCCUUCAGGGUUUAAUUCUGUUUUUUUCCUUUAUUCAUUUAUCUGAUUGUUUCUUUUGAUGAACCAUGUUCUAAAUGAGUAGGAGACUGGGCUGGAAUGCCUUUAACCCUUUAAUCCCUAAGUGUAACAAGGUUCUAAUUUCUCCUAUCACCUGAAAGGUUUAAGUCACGAGAAUAUAAGGAAUAAUCAGCAACUAACGAAGCUGUUGAUGGUUUUACAAAUUCUCCCUGUUAGAUCCUUGGAAAUGUAUAGAGAACAGUAUGGAGAAUAUGCAUACUGAUGUUAGGGUGUAAAGGGUUAAUUGAUUGGGUUGUGAACGAUACCAAAUGAGGAAGCCGGUUGGUAGAGUAGUUUUUCAGUUGAGUUAAAAAAAGACCAAAGUAAUCACAACAGCCAAUGGGAGCGAAGUUCGACAUCAUUGUUAACCAAUGACAACUCAAAGUAAAGUUAGGGAAACUGCAUGAAACGCAGGAAAACGCUAGUGACGAAAUUUCGAUCGGUUUGAAGAGCAAAGUUAGGCAAAACCAAAGCAGUCAUGGAUUACUUUCAACACAAUUGAAAACUGCUCAAAAAUUGAUACAAACAAGAUAGCCUAGUAUCUGUGACUAUGCAAAACUUUAUUGAAUUACUACACCUCACUCGAAAUUUGGAGAUCUUACCAAUGUUUGAAUGAUCUUUCUUGUUCAGUCCCUUUGAAAUAAAUGUUGGAAACCUUGCUCGGUUGUAACAAGCCUGAUUUCAAAUUUGUUUUCUAGUGAUGAAACUACUCCAGCGGAGGAAGUGUUUCUUCGUCUUCACACAGAAGUUUUACUGAUCACCCUCCCCACUCCUGACUUCAGCAUGCCAUAUAACGUCAUCUGUUUGGCCUGCACUGUAGUAGCCAUUGCAUUUGGUUCUUUUCAUAAUCUAUCUGUGCGGAGAUUUGAGGCUGUUGACCCCAAGGAGAGUACUGGUCUUGUUGGCAAGUUGAAAGCUUUUCUCGCCAAGCUAAAGGGUAAAGUUUUUGGGAAGAAGAAGGAAGAAAUUGCAGAAGAAAAGAAAGAAAAUUAAAGUGAACGUUGUAGCGGCAGUAAAGGUGCCUCGCGAGUUCUGUCGCGCAAGAGUAAAGCGUUGAAUAUUCUAGUGGCCGAACCAAUCAGAACUCAGAAAAAUGAGCACGUUAUAUGUGGCACGAGCAGGAAAAAAAAGCGAUGACGCUUUGAGUCAACUAAUAAUAAUCACUGGUCUGUGAUUGGCAUGUAAGAUUGUUGAGCGCGUUGUGCGUGUUUGAUCCCUACAGAACUUUACUCAAGCAGCUGUUUUGGUUGUGUUUGAAAAUGAAGAAAGAAUGUUUGGAAAGAUGAGCAUCAAAAAAGACGAGGAAACUUUUUGUUUUGUGUAGAGUGAAAUGAUGAACGUUUCUUUAAAAAAAAACUUUUUGGAAGGAGAAGCCCCUUUUUUCCAUGAAAAAAAAGAACGUUGUUCACGAGAAGUAGGUUAGAAUUUAAUUGUACACUACCUACUUUUUUUUUUCUUAAACAGUGGACAGUGUAGGCAUUAAUGAGAUUCAUUGAAACAAAAUGGAUAUGGAACAUUGAUAACGUCUUGGAAGUAGUUCGCUAGUUAGUGAUAAUCAGAAAUUUACUUUAGUUUCUUCGUGCUUGCCUGUAAGGCAACAAUCAGUGGUCACAAAAUCAUUUUACCUCUUUGUUUCAAACUAGUAGAAUAAGUGACAGUGGAAAAAACCAAUGAUCUUUUUAAAGACAGAGUGAAAACUUAUGAGGUUACAGUACACCUGAUUAAAAAAAAACUGGAAAAUGUGUGAGGUUGUGAGGCUAAAACUAUUUGCAAGGGAAAAACUUGAAAAUUUAAGAUUAUCAAGCUGUGACUAAGAGAUAAGUAUUGCUCCUGUGGUGAUAUCAGAAAAACAGCCACUUAAUUAGCAUAUGAUAACUUAUCCGUCCAAAUUGCUGUUGGUUCCCCUGAUUAAAGUGAAAUUCUUCCAAAUAAGUUUUCUGCAUUUUAGUGUAUGUAGUAAAAUUCUUAAAAUUAUGCCCAGCAGAACCGCUGCAUUAGGGAAGCGAGAAAAUUCUGCGGCUCCUCGUCUUCAGUUACUUUGGCUCUGUUUGCCUAGAAGCAUUAUGUAAAGGAGCAUUUCACACAGGCAUAUCUUAAAUUACGUGCGAGUAACGUGUUGUAAUCUGCGUGGAAGAUGACAAGGAAUUAUUUUUUCAAGAUUCCGCUUUAAAUAAAUUAUAGCUACA